UCAACUUGCUGGUAUCCGACAACAUAUUUUUCGAUGAUACUUUUCUCGAUUAGAUAUUAGUUUGUUGAAUCUAUAUCUGUGAUGUUGAAUUAUUUAGUCGGUGUUCGUAGAAGCUGUGGAUUCUUCAUUAUCUUUCUGCUAGAAGUCGCCAAUCGAUUUGAUUGUUUUUUGCCUGUAAUGUCUUGCAUGUGGCCAAGUUGCUCGAUGUUUAUAAUUUACUGGCGAUCGUUGGAGAUGUGGACGACAUAGCUUCACCAUGAUGUGAAGCCCUUCGACUGCAGGAGGGAAUAUGCGGUUCAGUAGACUCUACUUUUAUAGCAGGGUUCCUACUUUUCUAGCAAUGGCAAAGGCAAGCUACUUGUCUAUCCCAAGGGGAUAAGGAAUCUGAAUCUUCUCUCUGACUGCUUAGUAAAGGAAAAAGAAAGAUUGGAAAGCAUGGGAGCCAAACAGAUCUUAUCUUCCACGAAGCCGAGACGACAGAUGUCCGCUGAGGGAAGCACAGGUAGAUGAAUGGGUAAAGCUUAUAAUAAUCAAAGCUCUGUCAGACACGGCGGAGAGCAACUUGACGGGUUGCUUUGGCAUGAAAGUAACAGCAAAAUAAAUAUUUAUUUUCAUUGUUUUUUAAAAUUAUCAUAUUAUUUCAAAUCGACAGGGACAGGCAACCUUCUCAUUGUUGGGUUCUUCACAGGUUCCUCUGGAGCACGUGGAAUUUAUUUUUAUUCUUUUACUUUUUACUUUUCUUAUUAUAGGAAUAGUUUAAACCCAACUUACGAGUAGCCAUCGAGCCUUUUGCUUUUGUGGGAGUGGAACCUCAAAAUUGAUCUCCUCAUAAUGGUGGAAGUGGCUGUCGUUUUAGCAAAGUAAACAACCUCAAAUUCAAUCCUUACUCAGCCUUAUCAAAUCUGAAAGAGUAUUAAUUUAGUCAUCUACGUGCGUGUCAGACAUCCUGAUAAAGUUUUGUUAAUUUCAGAAGUUCGGAUAAUUUUGUAAUUGUAUCUUGUUAUCUCGAGUUAAAGCCCCGAGGAGAAGAAGCUUUAGCCAAGGAUUUGACUGUUAAAAGUAAGACAUUUGUAGGUUUUGCUCUCUGUUUAUAGCGGAUAAAGUGGACUGCAGUGAGAGAAAAGCAGAAAACAGUUCAGCUAUUGGAGGAAAAGGCUAGGUGAGGGGGGAGAGAGAGAGAGAGAGAGAGAGAGAGAGAGGAGAGAUCGGCCCUUUAAGGAGCGACCCACUUAGUAAAAUACUCGUAAAUAAGCAAGCAAUAGAAACAAUCAAAACCCCCCUUGAAAUCAAAUAAAUCUGAGAAUUUGAUCUUCAGGCAGGAAAAUAGCUCUUCCUUCGAUUUCAGGUUCGGAGGGCUCAAAUUAUUCUUCUAUGUUCUCUGGGAAAACCAGAUUCUGAUUAUUGUUGAGAGCCCCAGAUGGGUUCUGUAAACUUAGGGAUCAAUCUUCUAAAGCUGUAGUCUUUGUUUUACUCUCCUUUCCUAUUUACGGGAUAUUUGAACCUCUGGGGAAUGGAUCUAAGCCACAUGAAGGGAUCGAUACCGACGCCGACUUCAAUUUCAGAUAGAAAAGCCACUGAAAUGGUUUCUGAUCAGUUCCCGGCGGGUCUUCGCGUCCUGGUUGUGGAUGAUGAUCCUACCUGUCUCAGGAUCUUGGAAAAGAUGCUUCAGAAUUGCUGCUAUGCUGUGACGAAAUGUAAUCGGGCUGAGAUCGCAUUAUCCAUGCUUCGUGAGAACAAAAACGGGUUUGAUAUUGUGUUAAGUGACGUGCAUAUGCCAGACAUGGAUGGAUUCAAACUUCUUGAGCAAGUUGGGUUGGAGAUGGAUUUGCCCGUUAUCAUGAUGUCAGCUGAUGAUGGGAAGAAUGUUGUGAUGAAGGGAGUCAUUCAUGGUGCUUGUGAUUACCUGAUCAAACCUGUUCGAAUUGAAGCGCUCAGGAACAUAUGGCAACAUGUAGUUCGGAAGCGAAAGACUGAAUGGAAGGAUUUAGAGCAAUCUGGGAGCGUGGACGAGGGCGAUCGAGAGAAAAAUCCAUCUGAAGGUGCUAACUAUUCAUCUUCAGUAUAUGAAGGAAGUUGGAACAGCUCGAAGAGGAGGAGGGAUACAGAAGAAGAGGCCGAGGAGAGGGACGAUACGUCGACUUUAAAGAAGCCUAGGGUGGUAUGGUCGGUUGAGCUCCAUCAACAGUUUGUCGCUGCAGUUAAACAGCUAGGCAUCGACAAGGCUGUUCCUAAAAAGAUAUUGGAGUUGAUGAACGUUCCGGGGCUUACUCGAGAAAAUGUUGCCAGUCACCUCCAGAAAUAUCGGUUAUAUCUUAGAAGGCUUAGUGGAGUAUCAUCGUCACACUCACUCCAAUGUAAUUUGAACAAUUCUUUUAUGAACCCUCAAGAUCCACCUUUUGGGCCAAUGGCUUCAUUCAAUGGAAUUGAUCUUCAGACACUUUCGGUCACUGGCCAUCUCUCGCCUCAAAGCCUUGCUGCACUCCAAGCAACCGAAUUUCGAAGGCCUGCUACAGCGAAAUCUAGCAUGUCGAUGGCCCUUGUUGAUCAGAACAACCUAUUCAGCUUUGAAAAUCCAAAAUUGAGGUUUGUUGAUGACCAAACGCCACACCUAAACAACAGUAAACCAAUAAACUUGUUUCAUGGGAUUCCAACAAAAAUGGAGCCAAAGCAGCUUGCCAUUAUGCACCCUUCUGUCCAGACUCAAGGGAACAUAAACAUGCCACUCAAUAUCAAGACAGAACAUGGUGGAACUCAACUAAUGCAUCAUUUGUCCCAUCAGCAAACUGGAGGACAGGCUCUAAGUAACUCUCCUGCUAGCCACUUACCCAGAAUUUCAUCGUCGUUUCCGAUCAUAUCAGGUAGCAUUACGAGUCGAAAUGGGACUGCUGAUAGUACCCAAGGACCUGGAUAUAACCUAGUUUCGCCAGCAUCCUUGAUGAUGAACUUUCCAAUGAACCAACUCACAGAAUUGUCGAACAAUUUUUCUCUUCCGAGUGAUUCGACGGUAUCUACCUUAACCUGUAAAGGGGUGUUUCAAGAAGAGAUUAGUUCAGAUCUACACGGGUCGGAUGGACUAAUGUCGAGUUAUGAUGUUUUUAAUGACUUGCAUCUGCAGAAAUCCCAUGACUGGGAUUCUCAGAAUGUAGGCAGCUUUGCCUUUGGUACUUCUCACCAUGGGAACUUCAUACAGGAUAGCUUUGAUGUCUCACCUUCAACUUUGAUUCAUCAUGGUUUUCCUCCAAGCCAAACAAAUGGACAAAAUCAUAAUUCAUCCUCUUCUGGAAAGACUAUCUUUCCCUUUUCGGAUGCAACUCAACCCGAGAAUGCGCAGAGUAAUGCCGAGAAGUUGCCUCUCGAUCCCGGGGACGUCAAACCUCAGAGAAUCCCUGAUGCAAGCUAUCAAACCGACCUCUUACCUGAGAACUUUGGCCAGGAUGAACUUCUCAGUGUCUUCCUCAAACAAGAACAACAAGGAGACAACGGAUCGGUCGACUUUAGCGGUUACCAAACGGAAAAUAUUUGCGUUUAGAAAAUUUCUUCCUUUGAUUCCCCAUUUAGUUGCAGCUCCAAAUACACUUUGUUGUUGUAACGUUAAGAUCAAAGUUCUCCCGCAUUAGAUGGACAAAGGCAGUUCAUCAUUCUUCUCAACAAGUCAGUCCAUUGUGAAUAGUCUGCUUAGCUAGUUUAAACUUGGAAGUUUCAGAUUUAAAGUUUGGAAGAACCGAAGCAAUCUUCCACGGAAUGCUCACACAAAAGAUGCAAAUCGCUCUCCGACUUCGGGUCGAAAGUCGGCCUUCAUCAAAGCCAAAGCAAUUUGUUUUAGAAUGUGUGUGAAACUGUUUGUAAUGGGCACAUCGCUCGAUCGUCGAUGCAGGACUCGGCUCGACUACUUUGCAUCCGGAACCAUUUGCGAGAUUUAUCGUCUCUAAUUACACCCUAAGAAUGAUUUCAUUUAAACCCACAUGAAAAAUCACCUUCAAUGUAAAUAUUCCUCUUGUUUGAUUGAGACGAAUGUGUGCAUAAUAUUGUUAGUUUAUGUUCUUGUUCUCAGCAAA